UGCGUGAGAUGAUUGAUCGAGUUACUGGAAGUACGAGUUUUAGAAAUCGCUUGCUAUCCGAUGAUAUGCACCGACUAAGCUUGGAGCAGAACUUUUCAUUCUUUUACAGUCCUGUGGACAACACGUCUUUCAGUGCUGCUGUUGCUAUCCCAGAGUAUGGUCUCAAAUAUCUUCAGGCAAAAGACAUGGACUUAAAAGGCGUUUCUAAUUUAUCCGACUCUAAAGGCGAGGAUGUGAUAGUAGCUCCUUGGGAUAUAUGUCCAACAACUCCAGUGGCUGCAAAGGAUUCAAUGCCAGUGUACAAACUAUCUACUGCAAAUGCUAAGGACAUAAUAGACGACCAGAAUCGAACCAACAAUUGUCAUAAAAAGAAGCUGCAAAAUUUGCUUUUUGAUGCAUAUGUGACAAAAAAGACAGCAAGCGAUAACUGGGAUGUUUAAAUAAUGCAACA